AUCACAGCCAGCUCCUGCGCUCACCGCUCCUGUGCUUCGGAGAGGCGAUGUGUGUUGAGUUAGUUUAGGAACGGCACCGGACACAGUAGCGACCGUUACAGGAGACUCGCAGAGGACCGCAGCAUUGUCGCGAGCCGAGCGGACCGUCUUGUGUUGGCUCUAGAACGUAGUUAGCCAUUUUGCUAAACAGCUAAACCGCCAUCGUAUUGAGGUUGCUUUGUAGACACACGGCAGGCUAGCCGCAGACACCAGCGCAGAGGAAAUGAAGGACAAACAAAAGAGAAAGAAGGAGCGGACCUGGGCUGAGGCGGCUCGCAUGGUUUUGGAGAACUUCUCUGAUGCACCCAUGACUCCCAAACAAAUCCUCCAUGUCAUCCAGACCAAGGGGCUGAAGGAGAUGCGGAGUGGUACAGCUCCUUUGGCCUGUCUGGUCACCAUGCUGCACUCCCAGGUGAGGGGGGAUCGAGUCAAGAACAGCAUCUUCUUCAAGCUUCCUGGACGAAUGAGUCUGUUCACGCUCAAGAAAAACGCUCUCCAAUGGACAAAGGCAACCUCGGAGUCAGAGACGCCAUCAGAGCCGGCUGGCAGCGCCGUUCCUCCAGGGUCCAGCAGCAGCACCCCAGUGUCGGGCUCAGCUGCAGCCCCAGUCGGCCCCAAUGAGGCGGCUGAGCAGGAGAGCUGUGACUCCACUGAGACUACCGCUGCUGCCAGCGCAGACAAUGAUGUCUCGGUAGAUGAGAGUUCGUCCAGUGCUUCGUGCUCCGCAGAGCUGCAGGCUCCAUCCACCCAGCCCCAGACCCGCCUCAGCAGGGCAGCAGGACAGCAAGGACGCACCGACACACAGCAGACCCAACACGCCCAGACCAGGCUGAGCCGCUCAAGACAGUCAGGGAGGCAGAGAAAGAAAGCUGUCAUGAUGCCACGUGUCGUCCUCACCCCUCUGAAAGUGAAUGGAGAACAUGUCCCCUCAGGGCCCAUGAAGAGGAGUCGAGGAGGGGUGGAUGUAGACUUUGAAACACCAGGCUCUAUCCUGGUCAACACCAACAUCCGAGCCCUCAUCAACGUCCGGACCUUCUCGGCCUUCCCCACACACUCACAGCAGCAGCUGCUGCAACUGCUGCCAGAGGUGGACCGACAGAUUGGACCUGAUGGUAUGGCCAGAUUGAGCAGUUCAGCUCUCAACAAUGAAUUCUUUACCCACGCCUCGCAGAGCUGGAAAGAAAGGCUGGCUGAGGGUGAGUUCACCCACGAGAUGCAAGUGCGUUUCCGACAAGAAAUGGAAAAAGAGAAGAAGGUAGAGGCGUGGAAGGAGAAGUUUUUUGAAGAGUAUCACGGUCAAAAGUCUGGCCUGACACGAGAGGAGUCCCUCAAGCUCACCAUGACCGAAGCCAGUGAAGUUACAGCAAGUGUGCUCGACACUGAUGUGGCCGUGGUGGCAACUGGUGCCCCCAAAAGACGCAGCGUGGGUCGGCGGAGGAGAGAUGGCAGGAUGAGGAGACGCACACGGGCUGACCUGCGUCGCAGAGCCCGCCGGACCCUCUGCAAGACCACGCCGGCCCUGCAGUCUGCAGAAGCUGAGGCCAGUCCUGAAGUGGACGUCUCGGCGGUCUCUGUUGGUUCUCCCAUGUCCGACAACACAGUGGUUCAAGGAGAGGUGGUGCUGCAGGCUGACUGUGGCAUGGAGCUUCCAGCUGAGCCUGCCCCCUCAGAGUCAAAGGCCUCUCCUCCUCCAGAGCCAGUCACAUUGCCAACUCCCACUCCUGCUCCAACUCCCAGCCCCAGCCCCAGCCCAGCUUCCACAUGUGCAAAUGAGGAGCCUGAAAUUUCCGCCCACCUGCUCUCGGAGGAGACGGCACCUGUACUGGCUUCCACAACCUCUCCAUCUUCCUCCUCCUCCUCUUCUUCGUCUGCCUCCUCGCCUGCCUCCUCACCCUCCUCACCUUCUGAUAGGCAGGGAGCUUUUGCUGCAGGCCUGGAUUCUUCUUCAUCCUCCUCGGCGUCCUCCAGUGCCGCAGUCGCUGUUGAUCCCCUUGAUGACACUGCCUCCGUGGUCACCUCCAUCACAGGGGGCACUGCUACCAGCAGCCGUGAAAGCAGCCCAUCAGCCAGCCCAGCCACCACCCCUGUCCUCAGCACCCACCUCAAGGAGCAGAAGAGAAGGCCAGAUGAGACUGAGGCCUUUUCCAGCUUCCCCGAAAAGAGGCCGCGGCUUGAUGACCGUCAGUCCUUUCGUACCACAAUUGACAGUGUCCGUUCAGAGAAGCCGCAGCCGACAACAGAAGAACCCAAGGUGCCGCCUAUCCGGAUUCAACUGUCCAGAAUCAAACCUCCAUGGGUCAAAGGGCACCCCACCUACCAGAUCUGCCCAAGGAUCGUGCCGCCCAAUGAGGGCUCGCGGCGGUCGGGGACCGGCGGGGCGCGUACCUUGGCGGACAUCAAAGCCCGUGCCCAGCAAGCCCGGGCCCAGCGCGAGGCCGCUGCUGCUGUUGCAGCCUCUGGCGACGGGACAGGGCCGCCCAGCGUCAGGCUGCGGCCUGCUGCUGGGCUACCGGAUAGCAGCAAUGGACGACGAGCGCGAGAGCAUCCGGGACCUAUCGAGCCCGGAGGAGGAGGAGGAGGAGGAGGAAACGGAGAUGGAAAUGGAAGAAGGAGAGGUAGUGGGAUGGAGGAGCAGGGAUCGUCUUCAGGCACUAAUUCGUCUGGAACACAACUACAGCUUCUCAAUGUAGAGGCCACACCCCAGCCUUCCCCUUCAUUGUCCACGACUUCAACCUCAUUGUCCUUGGAGCCUGUACAGACCCCAAGUCCUCGUCAAGAUGAGACAGCUCAGGGGCCAGAGGUUGGAGAAGAAGUCGAAGCAACAUCAGCCACUGUCCAGAACACCUCCAAUGGGUUUACAGAGAGGUCUUGCAGCCUCUCUCCAGAGGAAGACACUGGAUCUGAGUCGUCAGCCAGGAAAAGCAAGGUGCAAGAGUCUGCCGCUGCCCCCUCAGAGAGGGCAGACAAGGGUUGUGAAAAACCUGUACUAGCCCCAACCUCAAUCCCAGAUUCCCUUCCCAGAUUUGGGGCUCAGGGUGUAGAUGUAAUUCAGACACUGGCCAGUUCUUGUCAGGCCAAAGAUAAGGAACAAAGGAAAGAAGCUGGACUGUGUGGCGUUAUCCAGCAUGGUUCUCACCAUGUGGACCCCCAAGACACAUUCUCCAGCUCAGCUACUGAGAGACAGCAAACAGAUUUGUCCUCUCCCCAACACGGGAACUGUGGAGGAGAGAAAGAUGACGAGGCUGGCAUACAUAGCGACUCGACAGAAACGGCUUCAGACUGUGAGAAUGAGAGCCAGGAGGAUGAGCAGCAGCAGCAGCCGGACCAGGCCUGGUGCCCCCAACUGAGCACCCAGAGAAAUGGCCAGUUGGUCAUCUGCAGCCCUCCUCCUCAGAACCAGCAGCCAGUCAUCCAGGCCCAUGUAUCCAGCCGCCAAGGUCAGACCGUCAUUCAGCCUCGCUUCCCCAACGGUCUGCUUCAUCCGCAACACAGCCGCCCUCAUUCCCAGGAACACCACUCGCUCCCCACUCCAAUCCCACAGGGACUAAGGGACACCAAUGUUGUGGUGAAAAUGGAGCCUGAAGACGACUGUAGAUCCUCCAGACAAAGUUCUGCUGAAGAUGAGUCUCGUGGAGCUUUAAGGCCCUCUGACUCUCACCCAAACGCUGUGGCGGUCUCCAAAAGACUGGCUAGCUCAGCCAGACCUGUUUCCAGUGUGGAGGCCAAUAACCCUUUGGUCACUCAGCUACUACAAGGCAGCCUGCCCCUGGAGAAAGUUCUGCCCUCGCACUCCGCCAAUAGGCUGGAGAUCAGCCGAUUACCAGGACCCCAAUCCAGACCACCCCUGGGGAGGAUCGCAGGGCCUCGCAACAGACCUGAGGUGUCAGUCCAGUCUUCUAGCGUGGAACUGACAACAGUCUCUCCAACAAGCCGCUCGGUCUCCUGUCUGAUGGAGGCCCCAGCUGCAUUGCAGUACCAGUCCCAGCAGGCCCCUGGUGCUGUCCCGGUCAUCACCUCCCUUCCACCCUCCUCCAGUUCUUUGUCCUCUAGAAGUAAGUCAGACCUUAGUUCUCUGACUGCUGUGGAGUCUGCAGUUAUCAAAGAGUCCCAUGGUCCUCUGCCCUCACAGGGGGCCACUCCAGAUAAGACCCAACCAGCCCAUCAGACCAUACCUAACGGCCCCUGUCCUCCCACCAGUACAGACGUCUAUCCCGCAGACGCAGUGCCUACGAUUAGGAUUAACUGGAAGCCCCCACAGUCUCAGCUCUCCCACCUUCACCAACAGCAGCUAUCUCCUGCACCCACUGUAAAGAAUGAAGUCGGUGUGCGGCCCUCUUGCCAGGCUCUUGCCAAAUCCUCCCCCACUAUACCUUUAAGUGUUACCAAAAAGGAGCCUGGGAACUCUGUGGACAGCUACUUGAGUGGAGGGGCGAUGGAGGGCCUCCUCAACAUGGAGAUGACUUUGGCCAGGAUGGCAAAGAAAGAGCAUAGCAAAGGCCCCUACUCCUCCGGCUCACCCUCCUCCUCCUCUCCCUCGCCCUCCUCCUCCGCUUCGUCCCUUCCCUUCCAGUUGUACGGGAAGCUUCCCAAGCAAGGCGGAGGAGUAAGUUACACAGCCAACGUGUCAGUGAUGGACAACAGCGGUUUUUCCCGGAGCAUGGCAGAAGGCGUGCUCCAACUGCGCCCACGCUUGGCCUCCAGCCAGACUACCCUCAGUAUCCAGGCCUUUACUGACAGUACGGCCGAGGAGGUGGCACUCAAGUGCUCGUGCCGCCUCAAAGCCAUGAUCAUGUGCCAAGGCUGUGGUGCCUUCUGCCAUGACGAUUGCAUCGGGCCCUCCAAACUCUGCGUGUCGUGUCUGGUGGUGAGAUAGUAUGCUGAAGUCCCUGUGCACUGUAGAACUGCUAUUUGUAUAGUAUUAGCAGCAGGACUGGGGGACUCCAGAGUGUACAGAAGCCUGAUUAGGGUAGAGCACACAGGAGGAGCCUGAUAGGCAAGAUUUGCCUUGUAUAAUAUCAUUGGUAUGUAUUUUUUUUUUUGUUGUUGCAGAUUUUCAGAUUUUUCUUUCGCUGUACUGAUAUUGUUGUUGUUGUUAUAAUUAUUAUUAUUAUUAUUAUUAUUAUUAUUAUUAUUGUGAAUUUGGGGCAUGAUUGAUUGUAAAUUGUGCCUUUUUGGUUUUCUCUCCUCAAAAACAUUUACCUCAUCUUAUCUUGCUCCACCUGUCAUUAUUUGGUGGCCAUCAUUGUUUUGGUCCCUUGUUUCCUCGGCAAACAAGGAAUUAUUGUCGUCUCUGCGCAAAGAAGUAUUUUUUUAACCAUUAAAAUGAAUAAAUGACGUUGUUUGACUU